AUGCGAUCAACCAAUAGCAUCGCGCUCAAUAUAUCUCCCACGAUUUCCGCUGCACUCCAGUCAUCCCCUUCCUCCUCACUCUCAUCCCCAACCAAUGUUAUCCGCACGCUCCAAACCUCCUCAGCCACGUCACCUGCAACGAGCCCAGCCCCCACCCCACCAGCAGCAUCCACCACCCCUACCUCAUCCCCGUCCGCCACGUCAGCACUCGGCACGCCAGAACCCGCCACAUCACCAUCUGAGCACGCGCUAGUGGCGGGGGGAGCGGCGGCAGAGAGGGCGGUGGGGGGGUGGCUGAUGGGGUGUGCGGCGUGGGUGUGGGCGCUGGUGGUGCUGGGGGGCGUGACUCGCCUCACCCGCUCAGGCCUCUCAAUGACUGACUGGAAGUUCGGAGGAGAGCAGGCGCCCAGGAGCGAGGAGGAGUGGGCGGGGGAGUUUGACAAGUAUCAGCAGUCACCUGGUUCAAGAGGUGCCUCAGGAAGCUCAAUUUCCACCUCCCCUUCUGCCCAUGCUAUUCUCGUUCCCCCUUGCAGGGUGAACAGCAGCAUGACGGUAGAUGAGUUCAAGUUCAUCUAUUGGAUGGAGGUCAACAGCAGCAUGACAGUUGAUGAAUUCAAGUUCAUCUACUGGAUGGAAGUCAAUAGCAGCAUGACUGUCGAUGAGUUCAAGUUCUACUGGAUGGAGUACGCUCACCGCAUGUGGGGGAGGGCGCUCGGCCUCCUCUUCCUCCUCCCCGCCGCUUACUUUGCCGCCCGCUGCUACAUCAAGACGAAGCUCGCCGCCCGCUGCACCGUGCUGUUUGGCCUGCGCGGGGCGCAGGGGCUGAUGGGCUGGUGGAUGGUGAAAUCAAUCCUCGUUGAACACUGGCAACGGAGCAGUCCUGAUGUCUAUGCCGCUGUUCCUCCCUCAGAAGCCAAGAAGAGAGAAGAUCUAGAGGAUGCCAAGGCACUACAAUCUCGUUAA